AUGGAGGUUAAAAAACCUAUACAUAAAGAAUCAACAAUAAGCGAAACAAGCGAUGAAAGUUCAAGAAAAAGAUAUAGGUUUUUUUUAAAAAAUGCUAAUAAAUUUGAUUCAGAAAUUGAAGACAAUCAAACAACAACAGCUAUUAUAGCAGUGACAGAUACUAAUUACUUCAACAAAGGAACUGAAAAAAGCAAUGAAUACUAUGAGGCUACUUUUAAUUAUUGCAGAAAAAAAUGGUCACAAGAAAAAUCUAUACAACUAGAAGCACAUUUAUCAAACGACUGUGCUAAUUGUUCAGAAGAUAUAGGAGAGAAAAGGUUGCAAAAAGAGAUCCAAAUUAUACUUGAAGGCCUAAAAAAAACUGUGUUCUACCAAAUUCUAUAUCACAAACAACAAUGA